UCGGUGCUCAGAGCUCAGUUCUCGUCGGAUCUCCGCCGGAGUAAGAUCCCGUUCACGUCGACACGCCGUAGGUGCGUCAAGUUUUGUUGUUUGUCCUUUCCCCCGUCGCCGCCGCCGCCGCCCUCCCAACCGCUACGCGGUUCCAUUUGUCGCGGGUGAAUAUCGGUAUUGCCAAAGUUAAAAGUGGUGCGGUCAGUGCGUAAUAAAUAACUACAACAGUAACGACAAUACGAAACCCAAGUUGGUUUUAUUCCGUCGGCGAGAAAGUCUUCGUUUCACUGGCGUCGCGUUGUUCGGUGAAAGAGAAGAAAGUGAAAAUAGGAAAACAGAGGGAAGAGAGAUAAGAGAGAAUUUCGGGAGAACUGGACGAUAAUCUCUGGAGUGCCGAAUCGAGGGGAAAUUUCGAUUAUUAUUUUUUUUUUUCCUUUCUUUUGUUCCCAUUCGCGUUGAGAACACGACGUCGAGUUACAGAUAUCGUGGUCGUAUGUUAUCGACGUGAAACGAGAAAAGGUUGAACGUAUUGUUUUCGUUAGCAUCGCCGACCGAGGAGUGAAUCGGUGUAAUUUCACCCCUCAGUAGUCGUUUUCGCACGUAUUUUUAACCCCUCCCGUUUUUCCACGCGCAUCGUUAUCUCUACGGAGUGGGAAUAGCGAGUUCGACGAUUGUGCAACGACGUUUAUUCUUAACGUCAAGUGCGAGAGGUGAUCACAAAGAAUACUAGGUGGAUUAUUUACCUUACUCCCGUUGUUUACGCGUCACCUUCGCGACACCGGAUCCGGAUUACGCAAUAUAUAUAUUUUUCGGAUACUCCGAAACGGUGCGAAACUCGCCGUCAUCGAGCGAGUAAAAAAAAUAUUUCACCGAUGGUUUCACCGUGCGCGAAUGCCACCACCUAACCUAUUUCUAAUACCAGAACGGAUUAGGAUCCCCGGUUUGUCCUUGACGCCGAGUUUUUCAGCACAACUACACGCGUAACCCGUCGCGAUAUAAAUAUACGUAAAACGAACACGAAUAUACGUGCAAUAAACACACCGACACUAGUACCGUAGCCUGGUGGUGCACUCGGCCUAGUUCGAGCCCGUCGGUAGUCGCAAGUUUUACGUAACUCUCGCCAGUAGAUCGCUCGUAGUCGCGGCGGUAGUCGAGCUCCUAUUAAUUCUCGUUGUUUUAUCUUGUUCUUCUCCUUCCGCUCGAUUUGAGAAGAGAAAAAAAAAAAAAAAAAAAAAUUUUUUCUUCGAGAAAUUUUCUUCUCAUGUCAUCGAUUACCCCGUUCGCUCGGAAUUCGAGUGGAAAUCGAUAAUAUCUUUUGUUUAUAGUGGCGAUACGAACGCGAAAUAAUUAUCGAUGAUGAGAAAUUAAUAAAAAAAAAUGUGAACGUCUCAAGACGAGUGCGUUCGCUCACGUCUGUUCGCUAAGUAAAUCUGGAUACGUACGGAGAUAACGAGUGAACUUUGGAUGAGAGAAACGAAAAAAGUGAAGUGAAAAAAAAACCAAAACAAAAAAUAAAAAUAACAAAAAAAAAAAAACAAACAUGAAAAUGUUCGCGCACGUACGCAUUAAAAAGAAUUUUGUGUCGUUCUAAAAGUUUUCGAAAGAAAAGAAUGUAUGUGUAAAAUUUUUAUCCCUUUGUUGAAAAAUAAUACGAGAGUGGUCGAUGGUCCGUAUCUACCAGUGCGAAAUGGCUGUGCCAAAUACUUCUAGAUAAGAAUUGUUCAACGUAUAGUCAGUCUCGCCAUCGUGUGAUCGCCGUCGUUCGUCGUUUGUGACAAGUGUUUUUUUUUUUUCAUUCUCGAUGUUAAAAAUCAUCGUUUUCGUCGUCGGUGAAUCGACGUGUAUCGCGUUUCGUACGAGGGAUAAAAAGUACGUCCGCUAGCCACGGAGUUUUCGAAUAAUCUGCUAUUAGCAUUAAGUUUUUAUCGAAUGAAUCAGUUAACGAAUAAGUGGUGAAGGUUUAUUUUUUGUGAAAGUUUUUGAAAAAAAAGAAAGAAAGAAAGAUAAAAAAAAACCGCGUCGACACGACGAUAUCGCAUCGUAUGGUUAUUGGUAAAAGUGACAAGUGCCCGUUUUACUUUGGAUUAUAUUGGAUAUACCGUUACAUUGCCAUUGGACAGCUUACUCUGGAUGUUGUUUAUGAUGCAGAAGUCACGAAGAAGUACCUCGGUACUGGAGGUAGCGCGCACGCGCCCGGUCAGUAGGGCUGGCUAGUAGCCCCGUCGAAGCCCAUUCCCGACACCCUGCAGGCACACACCAGAUUAGCAGCAGUUGGCGGGACAUGGAUGUGAGCUUCACUAACGUGUUGGAGGGGGCUCGCCAGUACUUCCAGGGACUUCCCGUACCGAGUACAGCCGGAACGACAACGUCUACGGACAAUUUAGCUACAUCGACAUCGUCCUCGUACGGCCAUGGGGACGUUACCGCUUCGGGUAGUGGACCGACGUCCUCCGCAACGAUCGCCACGGUUCCGCGGGAAGCGUCGGCCGUCGUCACGCAACACGUCGAUUCUCGGACGACGGAUGAUCCCAACGACUCCGAUCAGGUGGCUAAUUCAUAUUGGAAUCCACCUGGACCCGUGGAACCUUACGCUCCGCAGCCGACCCGGGUCGAAGUUCCCGACACCAGGCCGGGCGAUUGUUCCGAGGUUCCCACCGGGUCCUUAACCGAAAUGCAACCGGCCAACAAACAAGCCUACGAACACCCCUCGACUCACCCCUCCUCCUCGGCUCAGCUGCACCAGCUACAACCUCCCAAGGCGGCCUGCUCGCCACCGCCCGUUUAUCAGCAGCUCAACACCGUGUCGAGAACACCUUACUCAACGACGACGGAAAUGCUGCCGACCCAGUCGACCUAUCAGCCGGCGGUGGAACGGGCGCCUCCGAGUCCCGCUAUGGUCGCACCUAGGACGCAGUACUACCCGCGGUAUCAUCACCCCGAUAUCACAAAGAGCACACCGCUUCCUAUGACGCAGAGCGCGACCUAUCAGUCGGCGAACGCCGUUCCAGGGCCAGGCGUUGUUCAGCAACCCGCUACCAGGUCCAGUCCGGCCGAGCAAGGUUAUUCUCUGCUUCCCGGAGCCGCUACGCAGAGCGGCAGAGUUCACGAUCAACAGCCAGCCGACGUUCACGCACCGACGCACAGGAGCCACGGCUCGUCGUACAACGUACCGUCCUCGGUGUCGAACGGCGGACACCAACAACAUCCCGCGCAAAGUUAUCCCGUUCGUGGCUCGCUUCCGACGUCGACUCAGCAGCACGCUGCUUCCGGGACGUCGCAGUCCGCCGUUAAUCAAAACUCUCAUCAAGUGGCGGUUCACGGCAACGCUCACACGCACAUUCCUUCGCCUCACAAUCUUCCAGCGCACAUUCCGUCGCCGCAGAAUCCCGGUAGGGUGAAUCCUUCGCCCCUGCAGCAGCACCACGUCGGUACCGCCGGGGGCGCCAUGGGGACCGGCUAUUGUCCCAGAGUAUCGCCCCAUAUGCCGCUCUCGAACUCCGCCUAUCACUCCCCGUCGCCCCACGAAGCGAGUCCUCGCCACGAGCCCUCGCCCCACGCUAGCAAUAACUCCGCUACCUUUCAAACUCAUUCGCCGACGUUUCCUCCCCCCCCGCCGCCGCCUCCGCCGCCGCAACAACAACAACAACAACAACAACAACAACAACAACAACCGCAGUCGACUCCUCAUUCUUCCUACCCGUCUUCGAACCCUCAACAUUACCAGGCCAGUUCUUAUCCCUCCGGUGGAUAUCCUCCGCCACCCCAAUCGUCCACCUUUCAUACCAUUCAAAAAAAUCCCAAUCCCGGUUACUAUUCGCAAGCUUACCCAGCGCCGCCUGUCUCGGCGCCGUCGACGGCUAACGGUCCGAGCCCCUAUGCCGCCCACGGUAAGUCGAUCGCUUACAACGGUGUUCAGAACGCCGGUCGAAGGAAUCGUUUGGAAUCGGUGGCGUCGUACGGUGUUCAGUCGUAUCAAACACCCACCUCGGCACAGAGGACCUCCAAUACUCACAAUUUGCCACCCAUAGCCGCCCUGUCGUCGUAUCACUAUCACAGAAACUCACGAGAGGCUGUAUCGAAGGCACAACCGAUGCACAGGCAGCAACGUCCGCAAUCUUCGACGCAUAAGAACCCGUCGAAUCCUGGAUUACCGGCGUCCGUUCCAGGACCUACCAGGAUAUCGGAGUAUUCGGUGACCGGUAACAACAACCAUUCCGUUAACGGUAACGUUGUCACGUCGGCCAGCUCGAUGUACAGCAGGACCGUAGGACCGUCCGGAAAUUAUCCGCGUUACGCUACCACGAUGGCACCGAGUCAUCACGGUAGUAACGCGAGCAGCACAACGGUGACGUCGAACAGCGCGCCGGUACCCACCAGAUCAACGGUUUCGAUGCCGGUCUCAUCGGCGAUCGUUCACAGCGGCUAUCCGACCAGUUCCGGCGGACGUCCCGUUAAUCCUCCGUACCCGUCAACGCCGCACGUGGCACCCGACAGUUACGCCUGUAAAGAUUACACGAACGCGGCGACGGCGUAUCCGACGUCGACCGUGGUCAUCCAGUCCGCACCGCCGCAGCCCUCGAAUUCCGCUACGAUGCAAACGAACGGUACGGUGAAUAGGAAACGGGAGUCACCGCUCGAUCUUUCGCUGAGAACGAUCAAGACCCCGGCGGAUUCGACGGCUCAGGACGACCUGGAGGCUUCCGGUGGCGAUAAAAUCGUCAGUAGCUCGAAUACAGCGUCCCGUAACACCGCGCGUAAUAUGCUCAUGCCACCGGGUUCGAACUACUCGGCGUACGACGGUAGGAGCUUCGGGCAUUCCCGAAGUCCUGCGUCCGGAGUGAGGGCUUCCACACCCCUGCAAACCGUGAGGGCACCGAAGGUGGAUUUUCUGCCGAACUUCAGCUCCACCCCUCUUCAUCAUCCCUCUCAACCGCGAGAACCUGGAUACGAGAACAAUUCGCAUCGCAGAACGAGUUCGCAGCAUCUGUACGCGCCGUCGCCUCGUGCGAACCCGAUCGCACCACUGCCGAAUAUGUCCUCGUUCGCGAAAAACGCCACCACCUCCUCGUCGUCGAAUUACGAAAAGAAUGCAACUUAUCCGGCGAGUAACGCGAUACGUUCGCGUUACCCGCAGGUCGUCGAUCCCAACGGAAACGCGAUCAAUCAUCAGGAUUACCCGUCCGAUCCUACCAAGUAUUACAACGUGGAUCGAAGCAAGAUCUCUCCGAAUCAAUCGAACUACGGUGGUAGGGACCGACAGCCGACAGCGAAGAGGGCUGCUGCCGACACCGCUUACACCGGACCCAGUAAACAGCCCCGUUUCGAUACCUGGCGGCUCACGAUAGAUCAACAAAUAGAACAAAGACUGUCCACCGCACUUCACGAACGUCAGCAACGUCAAGAGAUCGGUUUACCGCCGCCGGUGCCGAACGGAGUGGCUCCAGGUAACACCGCCGGAUACGAACAACACCGGGACAAUACUUACACCGGGGAAGCGACCAGGUACCCGGCUUACUGUGAUAAAGGGGGCUAUCCAGAUCCGAAAGGGUCCAGAAGUCCCUUCGCCCCCUCUUCUACGGUGGCAUACGGAAGUCAGGGCGCUCCCCGGGCUGCUGGACAUCCGCAUCUUCCACAGUCGUCCGGAAAUCAGACCUCUUACCCCUUCGCUCGACAAGGACAAGGGCAGGGGCAAGGGCAGGGUCAACCUCCUAGUCACCGAAUGACUCACACUUCCAAUUCCCCACAGGCUGUGGUAGAACCACCCAGCAAUACGGGGGUGGAUAAGAGGGUGCUCAGUCUACUGAGGAAUAGCUUGGAAAAUAAACAGCAGCGAGAAGAGCAACUCAAUAACAGUCAACAACCCAUACUCGCCAAUCACAAUCAGCAAAGUUUUCAGAAUAAGGUCGUUGCACCAGUAGAGCCAAAAACGAAUAUUGGAAGACACAAUCUCUCGCCCUUUACCGCAGCCAGUCUUCUCGAAAGAAAUAGCAACACUCCGCCUCAUUAUAAGUUCCACGUACCCAGAGCAGUCGAUUCCAUAAUUCAGGAACCUUCUCGAAGUGCGUAUGGAUCGAGGAUGAACUCGUCCGCCACGAUACCUGGAAAGGAAGCUAAUACGACGCUCAGAGGGAAUGAUAAUCAGAUUCAUCGCGAUAAGGACGACGGCCUGGCGGCUAUAUUGGCAGCCAGAAUACGAACGAAAGCCGAAUUGAAACAGGUGGGAGCUGGCCAAUUCGGACCAAAACCGUCGUUGAUACCCUCUCAAGAUGUAUCCGCAACGCCAAAAGACAUUGAAAAUGGAGCAUCGAUCUCGACUCCGCAGUCUGGCUCCUCAGGAGGAAGUCCUCCAAAACUCACACGGGAACAAGCAGCUUGUCUUCCACCGCGUAGACGCUUGUUCUCCAGAACUGACGAGGAUCUACCUGUGGCAGCUACGAUUCCUGCUCCGGCUCCGACACCCGCAAAGGCUUCGAUAGUACCGCCAAGAGCCAGCGGUUUCAGGAGUUCGUCCGAAACCUCCGUGUUUGACUUCAGGGAAAGUGACUCCGAGGGUGAAAUGCCAGUUUUAGAGAGGCAAACCUUGGAAGAGAUGAGGAGAGAUAGAAAACAACUGUCAAAAGUCCAGCCUCCUGUGCCGCUCAACAGUGCAAUGUAUAUUGGGAUGGCUUCGUCUUCGGAUCUAGUGAAGAUAGAACUCAAGGAAAAUGAUAAAAUUACUGAACCAGACUCUUUUUGGUCGACAACCUGUGAUAAAUUUAUGGAACAACUACGUAGUGCUGACGUGACAACGAAGAAACGCGGUAGACGAAAGAAAGGCGAUGUUGAAACUGUACCUACCAAGGUGGAACCAGAUUCAGCGAUGAUUAUUGACAACGAAACAAAUUCUCAAAUGGAAAUGAAACCCGAAGACAUUAAAAAAGAAAUACCAGAUACUCCGGACGAUGUAGUAGCGAUUAAGGAAGAGGUGAUGGAUAUCAAAUCUGAGGAAAACUGCCUAGACAAUUUGCAAAUAAAGACUGAAAUCAAAGAAUCGGAUAUAAAAACUGAAGAGGUUGCAAGACCUGUAGAACGGGACUCUGAUGAGCUACCUCUGAUUGAAAGGGCUAUUCGAAAGAAAUCGCCGAAAAUCGAGACUGACGGUGACGAGGAAAUCGUAUGCGGAGAGAAAAGAUCUCGUCGAGGCAGUAGAAUAAAAAUCGAGUCCUCUAGCGGCAGUGACAGUUCGAGCGACGACAGCGAUGCUAGCACAAAAUUUGGACACAGUUCUUCCGUCGCUGAUAGACUGCGUGCUAGAAAACGUUCGAAUGCUACUGCCGAAGCAGAGGGAAUGAAGCUACGCUCUAGAGACACAACUCCGCAUAAGGCGCCUAAAGAGAAAGACAGAAGAUCCUCCGCAACCAAGGGAAAUAUCUCGCAAAAAACAAAACCGAAACCGUUAUUCGGCGAUGGAAGCGAUUUCAGGCCAGGAUGGGAGGACGAAGUUUACGAUUAUAAAAAAUCACUUAGAAUGCCAACGAGAUUGAUAAAUGUUUCAAAGCCGUCCAGGUUUCAUAGACUAUCUACAUCUUUACCGGAUUUGGAUCCAGGUUCUCCAGCGCUUUCCGUAUCGAUGGAUAGCGCCGAUAUUUGUCUGGGAACAAAGAGGAUAUCAGAUAGUGACCUCGAGUCCAAUUGCAGCUGCAGCGUAGCUGGAUUAGAGAGCAAAAUUGACGAUGAGGAAGCGACUUCCUCAACUACGAUGUCAUGUCCAACAAAAACAACCAGGCAAACCCGAUCAGAAAGUAAUUCCAUUGUUGAUCUCCUUGCUCAAAGAGUUGGAACCAGUAAAAAAGAUCAAAAGAAAAAGGUCAAAGAAAAGUUGGACAAAGGUCCCAAAGUUCUACCAAAGAGCAGUAACGAACCGGAGCUAUUAGCAACACCAAGUUGGACGCCACUUUUAUCCAACGAUAUAACUACGCCACCAAAGAUAAAAGGAAAAUCACCAAUCAAGAAUAACAAAUCUCCAAAACCAAUAAAAGUCACGGAUUCGUUCCUGUUGGGAUACUUCCGUAAAGCAACUGUGAAUAACUUCAGGGAUGCUUUUAAGAAUAAUCACGCUUUACCGAAUGAAUUUUCGACAUUUGUUCUGAAGAGCAGAACUCGAACGGAAACCCGCGUUUUGAAGAAGCAGGCAACAAUUAGAGAAGUCUUCGGCGAAGACAGACCCGCUUCUGCACCACCCAUGCAAACUCAUGGCGAUACAUCUCAAGACGAUGACGAUUCACAAAACGAAACUCAAGAAAUUACGCCCGGAAAAUCACGUACACUCAAACAGAAAGUUGUCUCUCGUCUUAAAAGUGCUGGGAUAUUGAGGAGUAACAAAGCAAUAAUGAACUCGAAAUUUCAUCUGUUGAAUCCAAAGAAGCGCAAUAACUUGCUUAAAUCAUUGGCUAAGAAAAAACUGCAACAUAUAAAAAAGGAGAAAGUCGAAGAGGAAACGUUGGAUGAGGCAAGCGAAAUACAUGAAACUGAAAACAACGAACCAGAAGCAGAUAUUCCAGACGAAAUAGAAGUCCCAAGCAAAAAAAGAUUGAAACUCCGCACAGGAAGACGAAAAUUUCGUUCCGGUUUCGAUUAUAUUCGUAAAAAGAAAAAGCCAUUAAAAAAGGACGAUGUUACCUCUAAGGAAAGAAAACGACAGUCUCUACCCCGACCUAGUCCCGAGUCCGUUGCGGAUAUACAGAUGGAAAUUAGAACUUGGGUCAUCAAAAAAGGCGUCGGCGAGACCAUCCUCCAUCGAGCUGCGAGACUUGGAUAUACAGAUGUAGCAGCAUAUUGCUUAGAGAAGCUUGACAGUGCACCAAGCCCCAAAGACAACGCAGGAUACACACCAUUACACGAGGCUUGUUCAAGAGGCCAUUUAGAGAUUGCAAAACUUUUACUUGCUUACGGUGCUAACGUUAGCGAAAGUGCAAAUGGAGGCAUAAGACCGCUACACGAAGCAGCGGAAAACGGGGCUACUGAACUUGUGAGACUUCUUCUCUCCUACGGCGCUGAUCCUCUGCUGGCUACCUACUCUGGGCAGACUCCCUUGAUGUUAGCUUCAGAUACAGACGCAUAUAUAAUACUUGAACAACACCUUGACGAUGUUCAAGGUCGACCCACUGUUCCAUGGAGCUUUGGAGGGCCAUCAACAGUGUUUGAUGUCGAAGAGUCAGGCUACAGCCCACUAAUCGAUCCACCCAUGGACAUCCCAGAACCAGAACUCGAUGACAUUGAGAUGGAAGUGAGCGACGUGAAUCUACCAGUCUUAUAUUCCCUAGCCAACGAUCCCGAUAAAUGGGUGCUCCUUCAGGAUCUGACAGCUGCAUUGAGAGUCAAGAGUCGGGAUGCUCUGCUUCGUCAAGUAAAUCCAAAGGCACCUACCGGGCCGCCAGCUGUGGCACAUCGUGACGUGAUGCGAGAAUUGAAACUCCCAGAUUUUUUAGAACAGACGAGAUGUUGCCAUCUUUUGAGUGGUGGGGAGAGAAUAAAUGUGCGCGCUUCUAAAGUAACACUUAUUAAGUACAAUGACAAAGUGAAAUCACUGCUAAACGUUGAACGGGUUGUAAUCAGCUCAAGGUGACAUGAGGUGCCGCCGGAGCAGAAUACCUGUAUCCAGGCCAGACCAUCGACUUCACUUGACGAUGAACUUAUAUCCACGAAAAUCGAGAACAGAACAUUGUCCUGUCUUAAGUUUAAGCGAGAGAGACAUAAAAGAACUAGACAAACUAAACGAAAUUUACUAGGGUGAAUGAAUACCACUUGAAGGAAAUAAUUAGCUGAUUCUAAUUGUAAGUGCAGAUGGUGUAAUCAUUUAUAUAGUCAUUCUAUAGUGCACAUUCGUGCAAUACGAAAUCUGAAUGAGGUAUCCACGUAAUUAACACUCAAACAUUGGGGAGCGGUCCGGAUCCCGUUUACGAGAGUUGUAAACAGAGAAUUGAAAGGUUUAAGUAUAUCGGAACAUGACUGUUGCGUGUAAACAUUACAGCAUGUUUUCGUUGUUAUCAUUGCGUAACGCCAACGCAGUAAUGAACAACGGACGUGAAGUCAAUUUAGUUUUCAAUUUUUCAUACGAAUAAAAAGUGAGGACAACAAAGCAUCAACCUGUGACAUUAUAUUAUUAGAGUAUUUAUUGGAGAUAUAUCCGUUGGAUAAUAUUUUAAUAAUAAUGCCUGAUAUGGCUGGAUAAAUACAGAUUGUAAUCUAUCGCUUUUAGGGAAAAAUUGCCGCCUGGACAAUAGAUAAAUGAUGAAUGUUUUCCAAUAAGGGAUGUUAAUCACUGCUAUAAAGUCGAUUCAUAUUUUUGAUUGUUAGAAAUAUUGCAUUAUCGCUCAGUCUUUACCUUGUUGGAACAUCUCGAAUAGGCCAAUUCUAUAUUUAGGGUUACUGAUGCGGUAUGGUUACUAUUGUAGUAGUGCAAAUACUGAUAAUAAAAAACAAAUAAUAAUUAAUGUACUGUUAGAAAGACUAUUAUGUUACCAACUUUCUUUUUUAUUUUUUCUUGCGUUACUGAUAUCUGUACACACGUUUUGAAUAUUACGUAUUUUUUUCUCAUUGUUGACUAACUGAUUUUUAAAUUAUUUAAUAAAUAGAUAUUUAUUUAGGUGGUAAGGGGCAUUUGAAAAAUUGGGAAGUGCAAUCGGAGAAAGUGAUUCUUUGUGGUAAUACUCUUAGGUAGUAGACUGAUAGCGCAAUUUGAAGAAAAAAAAAAUGAAAAAAAAACAUGAAAACAGCGAAGACGAGUUAUUUCGCUGAACGGCAAUAUUAAAAUAACAAGUCUGUGCAAUAACAUGCGGUCAACAAUAAUUCAAUUCAAUCGCUUCGAAUUAUCCACAAAAUUAAUCUCUUUUGUUGCGGCAUCGAGAAUGUAUUCAUUAUUUUUCCUGCUUUCAGAUUUUUCUUCAUUUCGAUCUAACUAAACUGAUGAGAAAAAAUGAAGUUACAUUUAUGUUAAAAUUUUUAAAAAUGAAAUAUUUUCAAUCGAAGCAAUUACCUAAGCCUGUGCAUUGGAAACUAUCAAGAAAAGUAUAUCUGUAUGAUAAAACCAAUCUACGUACUUAUUAUUUUACUUCCGAGUUAACUGCAACCAUUUCAGUGAGCCAAUUAACAAAACAAUUCAAAUCUAUGCUUAAACCCACUUGAUGAAGUUGCUAAUAUAAAACAAUAUACGUUGCCGACGUAUAUUUUAUUGAAAUGCUGUAUGCGUAUUUUGAUUGUUAUAAUCAGUCUCAGGGAAAUCUAUGUGUAUUCUCAAAAAAUACCUAUUGUACUUUAUUAUAGAGAACGCAUAUAAUCAGAUAGACAUUAUUAAUCAUUAUAAACGUACAUUGUAUUAUUGAAAAUACCGCUUUAUUGAUAAUAGAUUGUAAUAACUCUCAAUUUUACGAUACAUUUUAUUGUCUGUCUGAAUAUACCGUUCGUUAGUUUUUAAGAGCAUAGAAACGUAGUCAGACUUAACAGACGGUGGUAUAUCGAUGUAUAUAUUGAGUGUUUUAAAGAUGAAAAAAAAAAAAAAAUAGAACUAGGUUGAAAUGUGUCUAAACCCUAAUCUAUUUACGGUAAACAUUUACUCUUAUGUAAAGUUAAAAUGUACGUAUUGUAUGUAUCUAAUAGUGAAAGUGAAGAGUAAUUAACAUGUAAGUAGCCGCAAUGUUUUUAAUAUUAUUGUCUCAUUGUUAAUGUAAAGUGUAAUAGUGUUACGUAGAAUGAUAAUAACUUAGAGUAAAAAUACCGUGAAUAUAAUAUACGGAGAUGCCUCUGUAUAUUGUGUAAAUAAUUAGAACUAUAGUAUUCGCUUUUUUAUUGUACCAUAUAUACAUAACGAUUAAUGAUUACUAUAUCGAUGUACAUUUUCUUAGAUGUAACGUUCCCUUGUAUUUAUAUUAUAUAUUCAUGAAACUUCUAAGUGUGUUGAAACUACGCUAUCGCUUUAUGGAAAGGAAAAAAAGAAAUUAUAUAUUGAAGAACAAAUAUAUUUUAUUUCGAUAAUUUAGUUCAGAAAAACGAUAAACCGUGAAAUACAUAUUAUAAUUUCUUCUCUGUGAUUCGUAAUGGAAGAAAUAAGAGUACGAUUAUUGUUGUUCAUUAUUAUAAUUAUUAUUAUGAUUAUUAUUGUUGCCACUACUACUAGUACUAUUACAUACUAUGAUUAUCGUUACUACUAUUAUUAUCAUUAUUAAUAACAUGACUAUUAUUAUUUUUAUCAUCAUUUUUAAUUUUUAUUUGAACAUUAUUAUUUAUUAUUAGCAUUAUGAUUAUUAUAAUUAUUGUUAUUUUUAUUAUUAUAAAUUUUGUCAUAGUUAUUAUUAUCAUAUCAACGAUUCAAAUUAUUGUUAUUAUUAUUUCUAUCAACAAUGCACAAUUCUCACAGAAUUGUAAAAAAUUUCGUAACAUAGAAUUUGUGAUUCUUUUUUUUGCUAAUAACAGUAACAAGUUAUCCUAUUAAUGUAAUAAAACAAGUAUUUUUACUGAA